CAAGUAUCACUAAGAUGUAACAGUAAUGCAUUGGACAAUCUCUGAAUCAAUGAUAUUUAUUUGUUUAAUGAUAGUUGAAUAUUGUAAAAUGAAAUGUAAAAUAUUGAUUUUAGACACUUGGAAUCUAUCCAAAUCAGUUGCCAUUAAACAUUUUUCUGCCUUUCUAUGUUGCAGGGUGUAAAACGGAAGUUUAGAUUGAAAUAACUGGGGGAAUAUUUAUGAUGUCAUUGCCAGUUGUAAUUUUUGAACAUUUAUAAUUAAGGUAAGAGGGAAGAAGAAAGCCAAUGAGUAUGACAAUAUCUGAUAGAGGCAACAGUUACUGCAGUACUUCACCUGUAACAGUGGAGGAUACACAAUGUCUCUCAAAAUUUUACAAGAAAAAUGAAGAAUACAGAGACAUAGAGAGUGAGUAUGAAGGUCGUGAAUCUCUCAAUAAAAAGAUACAUGUAUACACUGGUGACAUCACAGAGUUUAAUGUUGACGCCAUUGUUUGUUCUGUACAAACACUCCUCACUGCUAAACCUUAUGGUAUGCACGGGGCAGUUUUGAGGAGGGCUGGUGAAGUAUAUGAGGAAACUGUGAGGAAUGUUGGGUACUGCAAGGCUGGUCAGGCUUUUAUCACAGAUGGAUUUGAGCUUUAUGCAAAACAUGUAAUUCACACUGCUGGACCACCACCAGAUUCAACAUUAACAUAUGAUGAGAGAAAAUCUUGUCUGGAGAAGAGUUAUCUCUCCUGUCUCGAUAUUGUUGGGGCAUCCCAGGAUAUCAGAACUGUUGCAUUUCCGUGUCUGGGUUGUGGUGGUGGAGGUCUGGAGUUGAUAGAUGCUAUAAUGACAGCCGUGACCACAAUCAGACAAUGGCUGGAAACUGAUCAUAAUCUCACACAGGUUAACAGUAUAAUACUGGUGAUGUAUGAUGAAAAUCAGUGGAAUGAAUACAGACAACAACUUGCAAGGGUAUUUCCAUAUGGGAAAGAUUUAGCUGGAAUAGAUUUGGAAACAUUGAACUAUGCAGAUGAACGCACAUUGACAAGUUUUGUUCCUCAAACAUGGCGUACCACAAACAUACUGUGCUAUCAGUACAAAAAACAUGCUGUUAAACCAGUCAGCAAACAUUUCCACCGCAUUGUCAAUCAGCUUCAUAAAGAGUUUGGAACCAGGUCAAAACCACCAGAAAGAUUCAAGAAUUGUGGGAGGAUUUUUAUAAAUUCAGGAGGGAAGUUUUUGGUGGUCUACCGUGGUGAAAACAGUUGUACAAUAGAGAUCCAAAUAUCAUCAAGUACUUUGGAUAAUUUUGAUCGGAAUAUCUGCAGCAAUGUGCAAUUAUUAAUUAGCAACUAUCUUACAUCAAAUUUAGAAAAUGUGACCAGAUAUAAAACUUACAUACGGUGUGAAAAUUCAAGUUGGGGAGAUAAAGAUGGACUUGUAAGUAAAGAGAAGAUUCAGCGUAAAAUUUCUAGAAAUUCAACUAUACAAUGUAAGCACAAGAAAUCAGCCAACAAUGUAUCACAUUCAGUUGAUAUAAAUGAAAUAACAAAGUUUUGGUUUCAUCAAGAUCAGGGAAAUUUUCAUCGGGAACCCUUAGAGCACAAUGAAAGAGCGGAAGAAUCGGAGGAAUCUUCAUCCUGGCAAUCUUUAUCAUCUAUACCAGGCUUACAGAACAACAUGGAACAUAAACAGCACAACAUUACCAUGGCGAUUAGAGCAUCUGCUUGUACCCCUGUGGAACAUUUCGAUGAUAGUCCAAGUACAAUAACAAGUAAUGUUCCAACUUGUACUACCUCUGACACUGAAGGUGACCGUCUGUCAUCAAGUUACCAACCAUUGAAUGAUUCCCUCCUGCCAACCAGCUCUCAACAGGGUACAUGUGAGAAAGACUUAAGAACAAAAACACAUUUCCAACACCUUGGAACUACCUCACUGCAUGCAUGGAAACCAGGAACUGAAAUGGAAUCUGGAAACCUGGCACAAGAACCAUCAGUAUAUAGCAAAAAUUUUGGAGAGCGUCAGUGUAAUACAUCUACUGGACAGGUUUGUAAAUCAUCCAAAAAGAAACAAAAAUCUAGUAACUGUAAUGAAUGUGAAAAUUGUGACUAUGGCAGUGGACAAAUUAGAAAUGAAGCAAAGUCAAGUUCAUCAUUUUGUGAUCUCAAUUUAGACUCUCUAGCUGGAGCAUGUGGCGGAGGUAACCAUGGAUACAAGUCACAAUCAAACAUUAGAUAUUCCAGUGUUAUAGCAAGUUUAAAUGACCAAGCUUUGAUUCAGCUUGCAAGGUUAGUUGGUAACAAGGAUACACAGCUUGGUCUAGAGCUGGGACUACAGUAUUCAUGUAUUCAGAGAAUAAAGUCUCAUAAUUCUGACGAUGCUGUAGUACAGGCUUAUCAUAUUUUACGACAAUGGAAAAUCCAGCAGCGAGGAAAGGCAGCAAUAGAAACACUGGCAGAAGCAAUGACAAAUUGUAGUAUAGACACCUCCUCGUUAUACAUGUAAAAUUUUGCUACUGGUUGGGGACCACCAAAACCGGACAACCACCAAACCCGGACGGCCCCCGAAAAUUUUUAAUUUAGUUUUUUUCCUUUAUUCAGUGGUUUUCUUUCUAUCAGUCACUUUAUUAUCAACAUGCAUGUUUCUUCCAUAAUUAAUUAAAUUUAUUUCAACUUUUGUUAAAGGUUAUUUUAAUGUCUAUUUUGAGAAUGUUGACUUUAACAUUUGAGCGUCAAGAGUGCAAUACCUGACCUCAUAUACCUGCUAGAGUAAACAAUAGAAUAUCCAAAACUUCAGCAUUUGUCGCUGAAAUAUUGUAUAUCAUGUUAAAAAUAAAAAAAUAAAACACCCAAGCUUUUAUCUGAAUUAAAUCAUGUCAUGUACAUAUCUGUCCGAACACAUGGUACUGUAGUGUGGACAAUUGGGGUAAAUUGGAUACCCUCGACCACAAGCCUCAGAUAAAAGUGUCAACAUAAUCAGAAAUAAACAAACAAGUUUUUUAGUUAGGAGAAGAACCUAGCUGUUCUGUGUCAAAUUUUCAGGUCUCUAGGUUUGAAAUUGUAAAAUCUGUACGGAAAAACGUUCAAAAAAGUGUCCAGUUGAUGGUCCCCUACCAGUACAGGACAAUGUACAUUUGAAAGUGAAUUGUACUCAUUUAGAUGCAAGAUAUAACUGCAUGUACAUGUAGGAAAUUUCUACAUUACAAGUCAUUAAUUUUUUAAAAAGAAUAUUUUGCAUGUUUUUGAUGUAGAAAAAUACAAUAAAUGUAUAAAAAGCAA